UCCAUUUUCCCGCGCUUUGAGCAUUUUGGCGCGAAUAGUCAUUCCAGCCAUCUUAGGUGGAAAGAAGAAGACCACUACAGGGAUCAGCGUCCAUCUGAGGCGAAAACAUUCCGUCAAACCUUCACUUCGACUUCAAAUCAUCCCUUAACGAUUGUAUUUUUGAAUUCCUUAGUGAGUUUUGUACAGUAAUCUUGUGAAAAUGUUUGAGGCACGUUUGGUUCAGGGCUCUCUGCUGAAGAAGGUUUUGGAGGCGCUGAAGGAUUUGAUCGAGACGGCUAGCUGGGACUGCAGCAGUACGGGGAUGUCCCUGCAGUCCAUGGACAGUUCUCACGUCUCCUUAGUCCAGCUAGAGAUGAGGAAGGACGGCUUCGACACCUACAGAUGUGACAGGAACAUGGCCAUGGGCGUCACCAUCGCUUCGAUGACCAAGCUGUUGAAGUGUGCGGGUAAUGAUGACAUGGUCACCAUCAGGGCGGAGGACAACGCAGACUCCAUGACUCUUAUCUUUGAAUCACCAAACCAGGAGAAGGUGUCUGACUAUGAGAUGAAGCUGGUGGACCUGGACGUUGAACAGCUGGGCAUUCCUGAUCAAGAGUAUAGCUGUGUGGUGAAGAUGCCCAGCGGUGAGUUUGCCCGUAUUUGCCGUGAUCUGAGCCAGAUCGGUGAAGCCGUGGCGAUUUCCUGCACCAAGGACGGCAUCAAGUUCUCCGCCAGCGGUGAUCUGGGGACAGGCAACAUCAAGCUGGCACAGAGUGCUAAUGUGGACAAGGAGGAGGAAGCAGUUACCAUCGAGAUGAAUGAGCCAGUUUCUCUGACUUUUGCCUUGCGUUACCUCAAUUUCUUCACCAAGGCUUCCCCCUUGUCGCCCUCCGUCACACUAUCCAUGUCUGCAGACGUCCCUCUGGUGGUAGAGUACAAGAUAGGAGACAUGGGACACAUCAAGUUCUUCCUUGCGCCCAAGAUCGAGGAGGAGGAUGCAACCGCCUAGACCUUUUCUGAGCUGAGAUUUUCAACGGUGUACAGACUUUGGAGAGAAACUUUUUGUUUUAGAUUUAUGUUAAUGUGUCCAGAUGAACUGUGUAUAUCUCACAUGUGACUCGUUAGAUACUAAAGAACUGUCAUCGAUAUGCCUUUCUGUUAAUACCAGUUACCAGUACAUUUUUUGUUUUGUUUUAAAGCAAACCACAGUAUAAUUGAUAUUGAAAUUUGGAGCAAAAUAAAUGGUGGAAGUUACAUUAAAUAUUGUUGUACAUUGCAUCACUUUCCAUAUUUCACUCCCUGUCCUAUGUUUUUCCAAAUAUAGUUAGUCUAUUGAGCGGGGUCACGUGGACCUAAUUCAAUUUUCAAGCUCAUUCUUUCAUUGACCAAGGUAUACUUAUAGUAGUCUUUUUGAAUGUGAUAAGCAACACUUCAACACAUAGGAUAGGAUAGUUCAGUGGAUUUUUUGGAAUGCAGGUUGUACAAGUCGUCUUGCCCUCACUUAAUAAGAUGAAAAUUUACUAUGAAUCUUGUCUCUGUACUCAGAUUUCUGUAGAAGGCAGGUGGAGCUGGGAUAUCUAUGAAUUUGUGUGGGUGAGUGGGUAAAUCUUGGUCAGCAACAUUUGUACACAAUUAAAGGAGUG